CUCUGUGGUAUUCAAAUCGGCGGCGGGGGCCGACAGUUGUGCAGAGUUAUGCGGACCUCUAAACAGAGGUCGGAGUGUAACUUUCCGCCGCCAUGCACAGCACCGGACGCUGACAGGCCUCCAGGCCCGGUGGGCGGAAUGGAGACUCGGAGUGUGCCUCCUGGGCCUUAUCGGGCCACUAAGCUGGUAAGACAUCUGUCCCUCGCCUUUGUUCCGGGCGCCCCGCGAAGGUUGCAUCGGCAACACUUUAAAAAAUAUGGCAAUUGUUUUACAGCAGGAGAAGCAGUAGAUUGGCUUUAUGACCUAUUAAGAAAUAAUAGCAAUUUUGGUCCUGAAGUUACAAGGCAACAGACUAUCCAACUAUUGAGAAAAUUUCUUAAGAAUCAUGUAAUUGAAGAUAUCAAAGGCAGAUGGGGAUCAGAAAAUCUUGAUGACAACAGUCAGCUAUUCAGAUUUCCUGCAAAUUCACCACUCAAAACCCUUCCACGAAGGCACCCAGAACUGAGAAAAAACAGCGUAGAGAACUUUUCCAAAGAUAAAGACAGUAUUUUUAAAUUACGAAACUUAUCUCGUAGAACUCUUAAAACACAUGGAUUACAGUUAUCUCAGGAAAAUAUAGAACACAUGAACUGUGAAGUAAUCAAUGAAGAUCAAGAAAACUCUAUUGGUAAUAGAGAAAUAAGCCAGAAAGAUGUUGAAGAAGUUUGGAGAUAUAUUAUUCUGAUCUACCUGCAAACCACUUUAGGUGUGUCAUCUUUAGAAGAAGUCAUAAAUCCAAAACAAGUAAUUCCUCAAUAUAUAAUGUACAACAUGACCAAUACAAGUAAACGUGGAGUAGUUAUACUUCAAGACAAAUCAGAUGACCUUCCUCAUUGGGUAUUAUCUGCCAUGAAGUGCCUCGCAAAUUGGCCAAGAAGUAAUGAUAUGAAUAAUCCAACUUAUGUUGGAUUCGAACGUGAUGUAUUCAGAACAAUUGCAGAUUAUUUUCUAGAUCUCCCUGAACCUCUACUUACCUUUGAAUAUUAUGAAUUAUUUGUGAACAUUUUGGUUGUUUGUGGCUACAUCACAGUUUCAGAUAGACCCAGUGGGAUACAUAAAAUCCAAGAUGAUCCACAGUCUCCAAAAAGCCUUCACUUAAACAGUUUGAAUUCCUUCAAAUCAACUGAGUGCCUUCUUCUCAGUCUGCUUCGUAAAGACAAAAACGAAGAAUCAAAUACUACUGAGAGACUGCAGAUAAGCCAUCAUGGAUUUCAAGAAAAAUGUGCUAAGAAAAUACAGCUAGUUAAUUUAAAAAACAGAAGAGCCAGUGCUAAUGACAGAAUAGGGGGAAGCUGUCAUAAUUUAACAGGCUUAAGUAGUACGCACGUCCUAGCCUCUAACAUCAAACCAAGGUGCUAUUCUUUAGAAGGAAUUGUAGAUUUACCAGGGAGUUCAAGUAAAGAGGUCUCAAGUGUCUGCCAUCAAUCUGUUCUGAACAUAGAAGGACAAAAUAAGAAACAAUGUUUAGAGUCUAAGACCAAACAGGAAUCUAUAAUGAAUCUUCAUUCAGAGGAAAGUAUUCAAAAGCCACUUUGUGUUGGUUUUAAGAGAACCUCUACUUUGACUAUUCAAGACCAAGAGGAGUUAUGUAAUGGGAAAAGCAAGUCAAAACAGCUUUGUAGAUCUCAGAGUUUACUUUUAAGAAGUAGUACGAGAAGGAAUAGUUAUAUCAAUAUGCCAGUGGCUGAAAUUAUCAUGAAACCAAAUCUUGGACAAGGCAGCACAAGUGUGCAAACAGCUAUGGAAAGUGAACUCGGAGAGUCUAGUACCACAAUCAAUAAAAGACUCUGCAAAAGUACAAUAGAACUUUCAGAAAAUUCUUUACCUUCAGCUUCUUCUGUGUUGACUGGCACACAAAGUUUGCUGCAACCUCAUUUAGAGCGGGUUGCCAUCGAUGCACUACAGUUAUGUUGUUUGCUACUUCCCCCACCAAAUCGUAGAAAGCUUCAACUUUUAAUGCGCAUGAUUUCUCGAAUGAGUCAAAAUGUUGAUAUGCCUCAACUACAUGAUACAAUGGGUACAAGAUCACUGAUGAUACAUACUUUUUCUCGGUGUGUGCUAUGCUGUUCUGAAGAAGUGGAUCUUGAUGAGCUUCUUGCUGCAAGAUUAGUUUCUUUCUUAAUGGAUCAUCAUCAGGAAAUUCUUCAAGUACCCUCUUACUUGCAGAGUGCAGUAGAGAAACAUCUUGACUACUUAAAAAAGGGCCAUAUCAAAAAUCCUGGAGAUGAACUGAUUGCUCCUUUGCCAACGUAUUCAUAUUGUAUGCAGAUUAGUGCUCAGGAGUUUGAUGAACAAAAAGUUUCUACCUCUCAAGCUGCAAUUGCAGAACUUUUAGAGAAUGUUAUUAAAAACAAGAGUUUACCUCUAAAGGAGAAAAGGAAAAAACUAAAACAGUUUCAGAAGGAAUAUCCAUUGAUAUAUCAGAAAAGAUUUCCAACCACGGAAAGUGAAGCAGCACUUUUUGGUGACAAACCUACAAUCAAGCAACCAAUGCUAAUUUUAAGAAAACCAAAGUUUCGUAGUAUACGAUACUAACUGAAUUAAAAAUUAUGUAAUACUUGUGGAACUUUAGUAAAUUAAGCCAUAUCUAAGAAUCCAGCUACUAAAAAGGAAGCCUAUUUAUUAAUUAGGUUUUUUCUAAAUAAAAUGUUUUUUAUAAGGUUAUGCCAAAAUAGUUUUUAUCAAUGUGAGACUGCUAAGAAACUAGUGGAUCCCAACUAAGAAAAAAUAAUAAUAGGUAAUACCAGAUAUUUUAAUGAGAAACAAUCUUUUGUUUUUUAUACAGCUAUCAUGGAAAGCUAUUAUGAUGUGUGCUAAAAAUUGCAUUUACUUGAAUUUUGAAAACUGAUGUGUUCAUCGAGAUUAAUCUGUAAUUCUUUUUUUUUUUUAAAUAAAACUUAUUGGCAUAUGUGCUUAUGGAUAUUAGCUUAAAGAAUUAGUUGUUUAGGGUUACUUUUGAUUCUAAGUGUGAAAAUGUGAAGACUAUUUGAAAACUCAACUGCUAAAUGUUGCACUCUUUUAUAUAUUCUUUUUCUACUUUUGAUGUAUUUAUAUAUGUAUGUGUUUUUAAAAUACGUAUAUAUAUUAUGACUUUGAUUUGCCUUAAACAUUUAUCCUAACUUCUUCAGUCAUUCAUUUUUUCAGUCAUUUAUGUAUUGCAUUCUUUUGUUCAUAAAUCUAGAAGAUAGAGAUAUAAAAGAAGUAUAAGGCAAUUUUGUAUUCAUUCAAAAGGUAUUUAUUUAGCAACUACUGUGAGCCUUUUAUGAUUUCAGAUAUGGAAAAACAAUGAUGCAUAAAAGAAAAUCUCUUAAAGUAUUUAUUUCCUAAUCAAGGGAGAUACACCUAACAAAUACUUAAAAUAAUAAGUAUUUUAUUAUUGACUAGUCAUGGAAUCAAGUCAUGGAAAUUUCUUCAGACUCACCUCUUUAAUUAUGGAAUAAUUCUCUAUGCUAGUAUUUUACAAAUUUUGCAUAUUAGAAUCACCAAGAGAGUUUUAAAAUAAUCAUGUUGAAGCCCUACCUAUGCCAAUUAAAUCCAAAUUUUGAGGAAUGGUAUAUAGGCAACGUUUUAGGGGAUUCCAGUAUUCAGCCAACUUUGAGAAUCAGUGCCUAAAACACUUUUUAUAAAGUAAAAUGUCAAGCUGAUGGCACACCGGCUUUUUUAUUGGAAGAAAAUGCCAGUAUAAAUGUCUCAUCUUAAUACAGUGUUCUCCAAAUUUAGAUUUGAUUGACUUGGCACAAAUGUGAAGCAGUUUUUCUUCCAUAGUUUACUCCAAGAUUGCUUAAUAUCCAUUUCUUAAGUGUAAAGAUAUGCAUAAUGCCUGGGAUGUAAUAGAUACAAUUCAAUGACCAUUCUGAUUUCUCAGUGUAUUGUCAUACUAUAAAAUGACAACGUUCCAUUUGAAAUUACUAUUUUUAAUUAAGAAUUUGGACAGAAAAUGAUAACUAUCUUUUGCCCAGAAACUUUAGCUAUAAAAUUAUUGGACCAAAUGAGAAUUCUUUCCUAGGUGUUUGUAUGCUAAAACUUUUUCUGUUUAAAGAUGUUUAAUAAUGUGAAUUAUGUUGCAUAUUGAGAUAAAAAUUAUUAUGGAUAUUGUAACAAUUUAA